UUCAACAAGAUCGACAAAAUGAAAAUGGAAUCGAUCGUCGUUGUCAACCCUGCAGGAAGAACGUAAUUCGACGCUGGUCUACGGGUUUCACAGUUACAGACUUUCAUAGCUCCACUGAAAACCUUGGAGAUUGGUAACAAUGGAGAGCAGUGCUCAGAGGCGUAUAAAUUUGAUUCGCCGGCACCUUCUUCCGCCGCCAUGUGAGUUCAACGACGCUCUUAAUCUGGCGUUGACAAAUGGUGGGAGCGAAUUGCAAAUUGGGGAAUCAGAGCCUGUGGUUAUUGGAGGUAUGGUGCUGGACAUUCAUGCCAUACCCUCCAUCGCCGCCGUUCCGAGGUCAACUACUCCCGGCAAGAUCAACUAUGUAUUAGGAGGCGUAGCACGGAAUGUUGCUGAAUGCAUGUCAAAGUUCGGGACCAAACUUUUCCUGAUUAGUGUUGUGGGACAUGACAUGGCAGGGAAUUUGUUGCUUGAGAAUUGGAGGUUGGCAGGGCUAUCAACAGAAGGCAUUCGGAAGCACCAAGAUGUUAGCACUGCUGUUGUGUGUGGCAUAGUUGAUGUCAAUGGAGAAUUGGCAGCUGCGGUGGCAAGUGUGGAAGCUAUUGAAAAAUUUCUCACACCUGAUUGGAUUGACCGAUUCAAGUGCAAUAUUCGUGCUGCUCCAAUGCUGAUGGUUGAUGCAAAUCUCAAUCCUCUUGCUCUAGAAGUUUCUUGCCGAAUUUCUGCAGAAAAUAAUACUCCAGUGUGGUUUGAGCCUGUGUCAGUUGCAAAAUCAAGAAGGAUUGCUUCGGUUGUCAAGUAUAUAACUUUUGCUUCACCUAAUGAAGAUGAACUUAUCGCCAUGGCUAAUGCAUUAUCUGGUCGAGAUUUGUUUUCUCCUAUCAAACGGGAUAGUAGCAUUACUACAUGCUCAAUCGAAUUGCUUUUCCAACUGCUGAAAUCCGCUGUAUGGGUUUUGCUCGAGAAAGGCAUCAAGAUAGUCAUUCUGACCGUUGGUUCUCAUGGGGUGUUCGUAUGUUUUAAAGGAGGACCAAGCUUCAUGAAAUUUUCUUCAGAAGGAAUCAAAAAGAAUAGAUCCUGCAGCCAACUGUUUAGAACUAUAAAUUCAAGUUGUCCACCAAAUACGUUUUCUGUUUCUCCUGAAAAAGAAAAAAGCUCUGCUCUUUUUGCAAUACAUUUCCCUGCCCUUUCUGCAUCUGUAGUGAGGCUCACAGGCGCCGGAGAUUGCUUGGUUGGAGGCAUGCUUGCUUCUAUUUGUGCAGGCUUAGAUAUCUUCCAAAGUACAGCCAUUGGUAUUGCAGCUUCCAAGGCUGCUGUCGAGACGGAAAAUAAUGUACCUCAUGCACUUCAUUCGGCUAAAAUUGCAGAUGAUGCUAAGUCAGUGUACACAGCAGGCAGAAUUGUGUUCCAUGAACCCAUGUACAUGUCACAUUUGGAAUGAGCAAAAUUGAAGUUGGAAAAUCAGAGUCAUACGAUUUAUGUUAAAACAUGAAAUUGCAAGUGUUUCUCUUCAAUUGAGAAUUGUGGCUGAAAUUGUUUUUCCAA